CGCUACUUUGAGAAAUCAGGCCCUUAAUGGUAACAGAUCCGCAAGAAAAGCCUGAACCCAGAAAGCGAGAGAACUCCCGGAGCUUGGGAGGCACCUCCCUCCAUCCCUCUUUCUCCGACGGGACCCUCUGUCUGGACAGCGUUGGAGUCUCCACUCCGGGGAACCAAGACAGUCCGAAGUCAAAAGUCAACUCCCCGUGCCUUUGGCUCGGGGGCGAAGCAGCUGGGAAGGGUUCAGAGCCCUGAGCGGCCCUUUUUCCUCGCAGGUCUUUUCGUCCUCCCGCCCUUGUGGGUAGCUGGCCGGCCGAGCUGUGAGGAUGGGCUCGGCCAAGAGCGUCCCGGCCACCCCGGCCCGUCCUGCGCCCUGCAACAAGCACCUGGCGCAUAUAACAGAUCCUCGUUCUCCCAGUGCAGGCAUUCUGCGCACCCCCAUCCAGGUGGAGAGCUCACCACAACCAAGUCCCUCUGCCUCAGAACAGCAGCAGGAAGUGGGGACCAAGGAUCUGGAGCAACUUCAGGACUCAGAUCCCCGUUCUCCCACAUUUGGCAUCAUCCGAACACCCAUGAAAACCAACACAGUAGACUCUCCAAACCAGCUGGUAAAGCAGCUUAGUGAGGCCUUUGGGACUGAAGCCUCUAAGCUGGAGCAUUCCACUGAGCUGGCCCUACCAUCCCAGCCCAAGCAGGACUUGUCUCUGGAUACUCCACUGUCCUUUGAACGCCAGGUACUACCAGCCUCCCUGAGCCAAACUGAGGUUUCCCGCAAACAGACAAACACCAUAGAAGUGACAGAACAGCUUCCAGCACUCCGAAUAACCAGCCAGGACCCUGACAAGUUCUUAAGAGGCUCUGAGACUCCUUGUUCCUCAGGUUCUAGACCCCUUAGAAGGAAGCCUGCUGCCAAGGUCCUAGGGAGAUCUCCCCUUACCACCCUGCAGGAUGAUAAUUCCCCUGGUCCCCUGAUGCCUCGGCAGAGUAAACGGUCCUCAGUGCUGAGUGAGAAUGUAGGGGACCGGAAAGAAGGAGCCAUUCUGGGAACUGGACACCCUCUGAAGAUCACUGGACGGGCCUGGGAUCAGGGGCAUAACAAAGAGAAUCAACAUUGUCCUUUGGUGGAGAACUAGAACCUAAUUCUCACUAUUCCUGGACUUGGCUGCUUCAUGUUAUCUCCUCCCUUAAUAGCCCAGAAAUGGAUCCAUUCAUUCAUCUUGCCUCCCCAUAAAACUGAAGUAAUCAGCUAUGAAGAAGAGAGCAUGUCUGGUCAACUGUUAUCUCCAUGCUCCCCUUAUCUCAGUGUUCCAGAUAAUUCCCUAAUCCUCACUUGUACAGUAUGUAUUUGAUGUAUGUAUGAUUU